AUGGCAGCUAAUCCGUACAAGGCAAUGGCUCAUGCUAAAGUCAAUGAUAAUUUUACCAUUAAUUCCAAUCAAUUUAUAUAUGUCACUAAAACUGAAUUGCAAGAGCAUGAAAAUAUGGAAACCAGCGACUUCGACCAACAGGAAGAGCAAAUCUACUUCGAGGGUAACUCCUCAGCCAAGCCCUCCGAAGAAGACGACUUCGACCCUGACAUAAACUCCCUAAUCCGAAUAAAGCAAGAAUGGACCGAGCCGACUGCACGUGGUCUGAAGCAAGAGCAGGAGCUGGACUACGAGCUCGAAACCCCGAAUGCCGAGGAAGAAGAAACCGUGGAAGAAGAAGAGUUCGAGUGGGAGGAAUCCGAGGAACCCGAAGAGCGAGUAAAGACCGAGAUAAGCCAGCCUUCCGAAGAACAGGAUCCUGAUGAGCAAGAUCACGAGUCCGACGAAGAAACAAUAGCGACCUUUCUUACCGCCUCCGGAAAGCAAUUGGCUCUCUACGCAGUAGAGGACUCUGACGACGUUUUCGCAGUGGCGGCUUACGACGGUUCCGGGAACUCACCCAACCAGUUCCAGUUCCUCUUAAAAGCCGACGUAGAACGUCUAAUCGGGCAAGGAGCCGUUAAAACAAUCAAGAAACCUUCCUCGAUAAAACAGCAAACUUACCUAGGCGACACCACCACCAUCUUGCGGAACAACCGCGCACUAAAAGAAGAAACCACUGAAGUUCCUUCCCCGACUUACGAGCUACACCAGCCUGAUCAUCAUCAGGAGUCCAAUGACCGGAACAUGAAAGAGGAACAGGAUGAUGAUCUAAGUUACCAACUGAUGGAAUCUCAGUCGGACUCUUUUGAAGUUAUCGACCGAGCUUCCAUGGAUUCCGCUUGUUCCAUCAGUUCAAAAUCCGAGUCUACGUCCAAGAGUCCUGGAGGCGUAGUUACAGCUGAGAAUCUUUUAUUCCAUGAAGAAGAAUCCGAAUCUGAGUUAACUUUUGAUGACAUUAAGUCAAUUGACUUCAAUGUUGAUAAAUUAAGUCAAAAAAAAUUGGAUAAAAAGUCAAGUUUUAUUAAAUCAGAACCUUCAAUGGAAAUUUCAAAAUCUAGUUCAAUGGAGGUUAAAUUAAAUUCCAGUUCGAUGGAAAUGGAAAUUGGCUCCAGUGGUAAAACAGUUUCUAUGAAGUCUAAUUAUAAAAUGGACCUUGAAUCUGGAUUUUCAAUUAGAACCAAUUCAAUGGACACUUUUAAGUCAAUAUCAGACCUGAUGGACACAAGGUCUAAUUCAUUAAAGUCAAUCUCCAGUCGGACGCUUUCAUCAGAAGUAUCUAAUCCAGGGAAUAGAUCCAGUUUCAUGGAAGUAGAAUCUAAUCAGAUAGAAUCAGAUUCAAUGGAUCUGGCUGACAAUUCUUUUGAUGAGUCUACUUUGAUGGAGGUGGACAAUUCUUUGGUUAGGUCUACAAGUGGACCCAAGGCUAUAGACUCAAUAAGUGGGUUUAAUAAAUCGAGGUCGAUACUAAGACGCACAUAUCAAAUUGUCAAGUCUCAGGACAAAGAAGUUAGCCAGUUAUUGGGAAUUAGCCCUGCGUCUAUCUCCCCACUCUCCUCGCCUGAUAAAGUCAAGACUAAGCAGACUAAGCGCGCCAAACACAUGCCGCGCGCUCUGUUGGGCUGCAAGACAAACACUUUUGACUCGGCUGCCUCUACAGUUAUCAUCCACGGGUCUACUGCGCUUAUUUGCUGUCCGAUUCAGGCGGUAAAGAAGGCCAAGGACAGAGAGGAGGAUAAUCCUGAUGGAAAAAUUGAAGUUGUUAUGAAUGAAGAGAAGGAUAAAUUGGUUUGUAAAUUGAAAAGACCACCGAGGAAGCAACAGUUGAAGAUAAAUGAUAGAGCUGACUCGGAGAUUAUUAUCCAACCGGCGGUAAUAGAGGAAACUGUUGAAGAAGAGGUGCCGGCUGUUCGUAAAAGAGGGAGAAGAAGAAAAAAUAGAGAUGGAAAGCGAUUGGAGGAGGAUGAUAAAAAGGGGAAGGAGGGCAGGUCUAGGAGGGGGAGAAAGAAGAAAUCUAGGAUUGAAGUUAUUGAAUUGGAUGAAGAUGAUGGUGUCGCGAGACAUAUUGAGGAGAUUACUAUUGAUGAAGCUAAGGAGAAGGGAUCCAGUGAUAAGGAGAAUGAAAUUAUUAUGCUGGAGUCGGAGGAUGAUACUGCUGAGGAAGAGGAAGAAGAGGAGGAGGAGGAGGAAGAUGAUGAGCCUUGGAAGUGUAAGUUUUGCAGGAGAAGCUUCAGGUUGAAGAGAGCUAUGGACACUCAUGCUCGUGUCUGUCCGAAAAGUCCGAGGAGAGUUGAUAAAGGGGGAAAUGAGGUUAAGGAGAAGAAAUAUGUUUGUAAAAUUUGUAAAGAGACUUUUGAUGUUGUUGUUGCUUUGGCUCGGCAUACUAGGAUGCAUUAUAAGAAGAGUGUUGUUGAGAAGCCUGAAGAGCCUGAGGAGGAGGAAGAGGAGGAAGAGGAGGAGGAGGAGGAAGAAAUUGUUGAGGAACUUGAGAUGCUGAUUGAGGAGGAAGUUGAAGAGGAAAAAGACGACGAGAAAGAAGAAGUUAGGGAGGUUAAGAAGAGAAAGAGGGUUGGGAGCUUUCAUAAGAAGCUUAGGUGCAUGGAGUGCAGGAAGUGGUUCAAUAGCAUGGCGCUGCUUACUCGGCAUUAUUUGAAUCAUGAUACUAAGAAUACUGAUCGACAAAUGAAAUACUGCUAUAUAUGCAGAAAACUAGUAGAAAACAAAGCGCAGUACUUGCGCCAUAUGCAAUUACAUAUGACAUCACCGAAGAAACUAUCUAAAGAUAAAAAUCCAAAUUCAACCGGAAAAUCCAAUUCAAAAUUAAAUUCACACAAAGAAACAUCACCGGUUCAGUCGAAGAAAACAAAAUCACCUGUAAGAAGAAUCACUAGAUCGUCGAAAAAUUCAGCAUCUACCCCUACGUCAGCGCCAUCUAUUUCUGAACAUGAAACUAAAAAACCAUUAGAAAAAAAAGUAAAUAGCAAAAAAUUUUCAUUAAGAAAAAAGGUUAAAAAAAGUGUGGAAGCGGCUUUUGAUGAUGAUGAAGAAGAUAUUUAUCAAGAUGUGGAGAUGCUUGAAGAAGAAUAUGAAGAUGUAGAGAUACUUGAUGAAGAAAUUGAAGAGAUUAAAACGGAGAGUGAGAAAAUUAGUAAAGUAAGAAAUAAAUUUAAGAACUCUGGAAUUGUCAAGUUGAAGUUCAGGUGUAAUGAAUGCCGGAAGUGGUUCGGUAGCAUAUCUCUGCUAGCAGCUCAUUACUUGAAGCAUGAUACUAGAAUUACUACCGAUUUACAAGUUCGUCAAAACCGGGUUAAGGAUGACAUUGGAGUACAGUGUCAGAAAUUAUUCCAAACAUUUCUUGAAGAAUUUAAAGAAGAUGAUGAAGUUAAAUAUCUGGAAGCGGCUAAGGAACUCGUGAGUCCUGAGAGGAGCACAUUGGUGGUGUCAUUUGAAGAUAUUGAAAAAUAUAAUCAAGUUUUGGCGACGACUAUUAUUGAAGAGUAUUACAGAAUUUACCCAUUUUUAUGUCAAGCCGUUUGCAAUUAUGUAAAAGAUACCGGCGAACUUCGAAAAGAAAAAGAAUGUUAUGUCAGCUUGGUCGAUGUACCAACCAGACACAGGCUCCGUGAACUAACGACGUCCAAAAUCGGGACGUUGAUUAGGAUCUCUGGUCAGUUUACUAACCCAACAAUUUGCCACAACCCAGUGUGCUCCAACAGACGCAGAUUCGUAUUGGACAUUGACAACUCUGUGUUCGUUGACUUUCAAAAGGUCAGAAUUCAGGAAACGCAGUCAGAGUUGCCCAGAGGGUGUAUCCCCAGGUCGCUGGAAGUUGUCCUGAGAGCUGAAACCGUCGAAACUGUUCAGGCUGGUGACAGGUACGACUUCACCGGGACCCUGAUCGUCGUUCCAGAUGUGGGACAGCUGAACCUCCCCGGGGCGAAAGCAGAAAUAGGCUCCCGUCACAAGGCUGGUGAUCAAGGCGAAGGUCUCCGAGGUCUUAAAUCCCUGGGAGUCCGGGAUCUGAAUUACAAACUAGCAUUUCUAGCUUGCAGCAUCUCUGCAACCAGUCUUCGGUUCGGUGGCACUGAAAUGGCCAUGGAGGACAUUUCUCCAGAAAUGAUGAAGCGUCAGAUGACCGAAACCGAGUGGAACAAAGUCUACGAAAUGUCCCGAGACAAGAAUUUAUACCAAAACCUAAUGUCAUCCCUAUUCCCUUCAAUCCACGGCAACGACGAAGUGAAAAAAGGCGUUACCCUGAUGCUCUUCGGCGGAGUCGCUAAGACAACCUUGGAAGGAACAACCCUUCGUGGUGACAUAAACUGCUGCAUCGUCGGAGACCCUAGUACCGCAAAAUCCCAGCUUCUGAAGCAAGUAACCGACAUUUCUCCCCGAGCUGUCUACACUUCUGGAAAAGCCUCCAGUGCAGCUGGUCUGACCGCUGCAGUGGUCCGGGACGAAGAGUCAGCUGAUUUCGUGAUCGAGGCAGGAGCCCUGAUGCUUGCGGACAACGGGAUCUGCUGCAUCGACGAGUUCGACAAGAUGGACCCCAAGGACCAGGUGGCGAUCCACGAAGCCAUGGAGCAGCAGACUAUCUCAAUCGCCAAGGCUGGAGUUCGCGCCACCUUGAACGCCCGGACUUCAAUUUUGGCUGCUGCUAACCCCAUUGGAGGCCGCUACGAUCGCUCCAAGUCUCUGCAACAGAACGUCCAGCUGACUGCUCCGAUCAUGUCCAGGUUCGACCUGUUCUUCAUUUUAGUCGACGAGUGCAACGAGAUUGUCGACAAUGCCAUCGCCAAGAAAAUCGUUGACCUUCAUAGCAACAACGUCGUCACCAUAGACAUGAUCUACACCCAGGCGGAGAUCAUCAGGUACAUCAAUUUUGCAAAGCACUUCAAGCCAACCUUGACUGUAGAAGCCGCUGAGCUACUGGUUGAAAGUUACACGACUCUCCGCCAGAGGGAGGGAGUCGGAAGUUCCAAGUCAACAUGGCGCAUCACUGUCCGUCAGCUGGAGAGCUUGGUUCGUCUUUCUGAAGCACUGGCUAAGCUUGAGUGCGCUGAUAAGGUUACGGUUAAACACGUCCAGGAGGCCAGGAGGCUGCUCAGCAAAAGUAUUGUUAGGGUAGAGCAACCUGACAUUGAUCUGGAUGAAGAUACUCCCGAAGAAGGCAUGGAUCUUGAUGAAGCUCCUCCGCUUAUGGAAGCUCUCAAUGAAAUGGACGCUCAACAAAAUGGCGGAGAGCACACUCAAAAUGGCGAACACACUCAAAAUGGCGGAGAGCCCAAGAAGAAACUUACCAUGUCGUUUGAGGAGUAUAAGAAUCUGUCUAAUAUGUUGGUGCUUUAUAUGAGGAAUGAGGAAGAAAGCUCGGAGGUGGAAGGAAAGGAAGGCAUUAGGAAGACUGAGUUGGUCGCUUGGUAUCUUGAUAAGAUUCAAGAUCAGAUUGACUCGGAGGAAGAGUUGCUUGAAAGGAAGUCUUUGGUUGAGAAGAUUAUUGACAGGCUUAUUUAUCAUGAUCAGAUUAUUAUUCCGUUGACUACUGGAUCUCUGGGAGGUCAAGAUGAAGAGGAAGAUCCUAUGCUGGUUGUUCAUCCUAAUUAUGUUGUAGAUGCGUAG